GAAAUCCUCGGCUUCUGCGCGCCCUUCGUAGAAAAUCCUCGACUUCCACCUCCUAAGUCGGCGUGACAGGACACCAAACAACACAAUCUCCUCCGCCAGGCCCUACGAUUCUUCUUCAUAAUGUCUCGCCAUCACCCCGAUCUAGUAAUGUGCCGAAAGCAGGCCGGGAUCGCGAUCGGGCGGCUCUGCGACAAGUGCGACGGCAAGUGCCCCGUGUGCGACUCGUACGUGCGGCCGACGACCUUGGUGCGCAUCUGCGACGAGUGCAGCUUCGGCAACUACCAGAACAAGUGCGUCGUGUGCGGCGGCGAGGGCAUCUCGGACGCCUUCUACUGCUUCGAGUGCACCCGGCUCGAGAAGGACCGCGACGGCUGCCCCAAGAUCAUCAAUCUGGGGAGCUCGAGGACGGAUCUAUUCUACCAGAAGAAAACAAAUCGGAACUACUAGCAUCGGUGUCGCCCGGGUUUUGGGCUCCUUUUCUUUCUCUCUUUUCUGGCACCGUUCUUUUAGAUGAUACCUUGAGGGUCUAUCUAUCCAUCUGGGAAAGAAGCUGGUAUUGGCGUUCUUAGGAGUUAAAGAGAGCUGGGGGGUUUCGAGUUGAAAUAUGUACUUGUUGUACGAAUUACAUUUGAC